UUAGCAUCUCCAAUUUUCUCGGCUGUGUUGCUGGUGGCUACUUCUCAGAGCUAAUCAUAAGGCACAACUAAAAAACCCAAAAAACCAUUUCACUUUAACAUCAAAAACAUAAAAACUAACUGACAUGUUUAAUAUCUUUCUUCCUCUUCUCAAGAAAACUCUCAUUUCUAAGAACAUUGGAAAUGUCUGCGGUUCAAGUGAUAAUGUCUUUAGGGCUCAUCUAUUGUGCUAUAGACUGGCCAGGGAAGAUAUACGUAGUGACCAUUGUAAUAGGAAUGGGUUAUGGUACUCACUGCGCGAUUGCACCUGCUUCAGUGUCAGACAUUUUUGGACUGAAGAGCUUCGGUUCUCUCUACAAUUUCCAUAUUAUAGCUUUGCCUAUCGGGGCGUUUGUGUUCUCAGGUGUGAUAGCUAGUAACAUCUACGACUACUACGCAAGAAAGCAAGCCGGACCAACCAUAGAGACUGAGUCGCUCAUGUGUACAGGACGAAGAAGUUUUACUUCAGACUUUACCGAGUGUCCAAGACUUGAAUUCUGCUAAGCAUCUACCGAAAUUUCUAUCUGGAGUUCAAAUAUAUUGACUGUAUUUUUGAAAUAG